AUGCCGUUAAAAGUUGCACAAAUGCGAUCCACAGCAGUGCUACUGCACCAUGUGAUAAAAAAACAUUACUCUGUCGCAUCGAAUGUGUCAACAAAGGCAAGCGAGCUGUUUUCUGAUGAACAGAGGCGACAGCGGGAAAAUGUGGGUCGAAUCGAGAAAAUUGAAGUCCGAUAUCUUGGCUUGCCGCACGAUACGACGCUCGUGAUGAACCGCGAUAUCUCCACACCGUACGAUUGCGCUAGACAUAUUGGGGAGAAAUACUGCCGCCAAUCGGCUUUGGCAUUGCUUGACAAUAAAACACCGUGGGAUAUGCGCCGACCAUUACGUGAUUCCUGCACCCUUCAGCUACUCAAUUUCAACUCUGCCGAGCCACACAUCGCUAAUAAGGCGUUCUGGCGAUCUUGCUCGUUUCUGCUUGGCGCAAUUCUGCAGUCGAGCUUCAAACCGGAAGCCGGUUUACAUCUGCACAGUUUUCCCAAACCAAAUAUCAAAUCGGGCAGCUUUGUACAUGACAUUGUGCUAAACGAAGAACACUGGAACCCAACCGUUGCCGAGUUGCGAGCGUUAUCGAUCGAAAUGAUAAAGCUUUCGCAGAAAGACUUGCCGAUCGAAAGGUUGGACGUGAGCUGCGACCUAGCAUCAGAAAUGUUCAGCGAUAAUCCCUUCAAGCGUGACCAAAUACCGUCCGUUGCAGCUCAAAACAAUGGUCAGGUGACAGUUUACAGAGUAGGUGAGCAUUUGGAUAUAAGCAAAGGUCCAAUGAUGAGCUCGACAGGACUGUUAGGCCGUUGUACGAUCUCAGCAGCGCAUCCUAUCAAGGAUGGAAGCGAAAAUGGAAAGUAUUUCUACCGGAUGCAGGGUGUUGCGCUUCCGUCUGUACUGCGCAUCAGUCAUUUUGCGUACGCCAUUCUAGAAAAACGCUCAAGAAAGCUGAAUUCAGCCAAAUUACCAAAUGAGCCUUUUGAGGACUCCGUUGCGGAGCAGGUAGCCUAAUAUGCAUAAUGAACUAGUGUAUGGAGCUCAAUAAAAUUCAUGUUAAUGAAUGAAACCAGCUAUAUUAUCAUGUAAUUGUUAUUGUCAUUUAUUUAAGAACGGCCUGGCCGUAUUUAGAUUUGGAUAAUUUUUUGUGAGCUGAAAGGCAUUUCCUCCCA